AUGCGCAAAAAUAAGCCUCAAAUUCCUCGAGAACUUCUAGAUGUGAAAAAUAGACCAGUAAAAAGCAGCCUGUUUGCAUAUGGUGAAGACUCGGAUGAAAACCCCAAUAAGUGCCUUCUUGUUUCAUAUGUACCAAAGCGAAACAAAAACGUGCUGUUAUUAUCAACCCUGCAUGAUGAUGGUAAGAUCGACGAUCACACUGGAGAUGCUUUCAAGCCCGAAGUUAUUACAGACGAAAGGAGGCGUAGAUGUGGUCGACAAAAUGAAAUUCGAAUAUUCAACAGCACGAUUCAGGUUUCCUUCAGCUCUAGAGGAUUCCAGAAUGAAACAUCAGAAGAAGAAACCUUCAGUUCAGAAAUUUUAGAUGAAGAAUUUUCAAAAGAAAAAUCUACACACAUAAAGAAAGUAUCACGUGCGGAGAAUGUGUUGGAAGAAAAGGAAUUCCCGAUCGGAUUAUCGGGGUUAAGGGGAUUCGAUUUUAAUGAAUAA